GGCGGGUGAUCCUCCUUCCCGGGCUCAAAGCGUCGCGUGCUGAGAGCAUCUAAAGCGCAUGUGACCCUUCCAAGCCAGGGAAUGGAAUCAUGGCACUCUGGCGGGCAUACCAGCGAGCCCUGACUGUUCACCCGUGGAAAGUACAGGUCCUGACAGCUGGGUCCCUGAUGGGCCUGGGGGACAUUAUCUCACAGCAGCUGGUGGAGAGGCGAGGUCUGCGGGAGCACCAGACUGGCCGGACCGUGACCAUGGUCUCUCUGGGUUGUGGCUUUGUGGGCCCUGUAGUGGGAGGCUGGUACAGGGUUUUGGACCGGCUCAUCCCGGGCACCACCAAGGUAGAUGCACUAAAGAAGAUGCUGUUGGAUCAGGGGGGCUUUGCCCCUUGUUUUCUAGGCUGUUUCCUUCCACUGGUAGGAGCACUCAACGGACUGUCAGCCCAGGACAACUGGGCCAAGCUACGGCGGGACUAUCCUGAUGCCCUCGUCACCAACUACUAUCUCUGGCCUGCUGUGCAGUUAGCCAACUUCUACCUGGUCCCCCUUCAUUACAGCUUUCUUGCCCCUCAUUCUUCGUCAUCGUCACAACACCGCUCCUGUUCCGUAGAUUGGCCGUGGUCCAGUGUGUUGCUGUUAUCUGGAAUUCCUACCUGUCCUGGAAGGCUCACCGGCUCUAGGCCGGCCUCACUCCGUUGGCUGCGCUUUUGGUGACGCCGCUUGACCCUGGAGCCACCAGACAGCCUCCUCAGAGUGGGCACACAGGCUUUCCUGGGACUCUGUGCCACUCAGAACUUAAUGGGCUUAGCACCUGACUCCUCUUGAAAUCGUUAAAACCUUUCUAAUGCUCUUAUAACAACCAGCACAUAAUAGGUGCCCCAUAAACGUUUGUCAUACUGUAUGGUCUUGCCAGCUUUAGUUUACACUCAUAUCCCAGCAGUGCCACUCAUCCCCCUCUUCAGAGACACGUCUGUUCUCUAACCUUCCCAGCUCUGCUGUAGCUCCAGCUCUUUGGGGGCCCCAGACCCUUUAUACGGUGCCUCAGGAAGUAUGCUAUUACAUAUGUAGUCUGAAACCUGCAAAAGUGGUGAGUAGGGUGCAGCAGAAACCUGUGGGGCAGUAAGAAUUUCUAGAGCUGGGAAGAAGUCUAGGGACACCAACCCUGAUCUUUUUUUUACAGAUGAGCACACUGAGGUCCAUAGAAGUGAGGUGAGCUGGCCAUACCACCCCCCAGUAACAGAGUGGAAACUUGAACCCACAGUCUAUAGAUGAAUGUUUGUAUCCCUUCCAAAAAUCAUGUUAAAAACCUAAUGCCCAAAGUGAUGGCAUUAGGUGGUAGGGCCUUUGGGAGGUGCGUAGGUCACGAGGGAUGAAUGCCCUUCUAAAGCGGCCCCAGGGAGGUCCUUCCCCCCUUCCACCAUGUGAGGACACAGUGAGAAGGUGCUCUCCAUGCAAGGUAGCAAGUGGGUUCUCACUAGAGAACCAGUGGCGUCAGCUUGGACCUCCCAGCUUCUAGAACUGUGACAAAUAAAUGUUUGUUUAUAAGA